UGCAUGUCUGUCUCCAUGGAUACUCCACAACAAGUCAACACUGAGGCAAAGAUUCCUCGGGACUCCAGAGGAGGAGGAUGUUUAUGUUUAUGUUCUAAAGUUUCCAAGUGUGUUGGUCCUGAACGGGGACAAGUUGUGCCACGAUGUGUGACGCGUACAGAGUUUCCUCCUCUGUCCGGGUGGAGCAGAUGGAGGCAGAGCUGUUGCAUCAAAUCUCAGCACUGCGGGCCGAGAUUGAGGAGAACGGAUGGCCUCGCGGAGCGGGGACCUCCAAAUCAUACAGUUCUGUUCUGCCUCCAAAAGAUAUUUCCUUCUUCCGUAUGGAGAAGGAACAUGCACUGAGGAGGGGGCUUCAGGUGGCUGAGGCGUUGCCCGUUCAGUCUCCGGCCGACGUGAUGCAGCGAGAGCUGGAGAGUUGCUUCAGUCUCGAGUACACGCCGGACACUCUGCCUCCUCUCCUGCACCACUUUUACACGGACAGAUCAUAUCACUUGGCUCAGAUCAAAUACCUGCUCAUGCUGAGAUGGAGGAGAUUCUGCCGCCACGCCAGCGUCAUUGAGAAGCUUUACCCUCACUACAAGGAGCAAGUGGCCCAUCUAACGCGUGAGUACGAGGACGCCGUUCAGCGAGCUCGCAGACUGUCGGCGAGCCGGGAGGCGAUCCUGAGCGGCCGAGGGAACCCUGCUCACCUGCUCACUCGGGACGAUGUGCUGGUUUACCUCCGGUGGCUGGUCUGCCACCUGCACUCUGUCCAGACGGUUCACAACUUCCUCAGGGUGCUGCACUACAUACCAGCGGGUGAAAGGAAAGAUGAAGAAUGUCAGACAACCAUCCCAAACCAGGAGGAGGAAGCUUCUCAUCAGACUCAACGUGCUGAUGGCGUUUCGGAGCAAGCGGAAAAUGUCCCCCUGCUCCCCGUUCACCUGGAGGCGUUUCUACCCGAGCUGCAGUCUUUAAUAUCCUACUUCCGCCUGUCACAUGACACUCGGAGACUCGGGACGGCUGCAGAUGAGAUGGAGCUGUUCGUCGUGGUGUGGAGGGCGUUCGGAACAAUCUUCCGACGACAAGAGCAGAUGAAAACUUUUCCGGCGUACGGCGGCACGGAGGUCGGAGAGGGCCAGUGGGGGAGGAAGAGUGCGGCCACGGCUCUGAGGAAGGAGGCCAACUGGAUCCCCUUUGUCCAGGUGAAACCCAGACGGGAUCCUUGGCGGCAGAAGCUCAUCACAAAGCUGAAGGAGAAGAAGUCUGUGGACGAGCUGCUGAGGACGCACUGCAGCUUCCUGCAGGUCCCCGAUCUGCUCCAAGUGGCAUCGGCUCUGAAAGAGCAGGCCGCCCGUGUCGGCGACUCACGCCUCACGCCGACCUUCACGUCCGCCCCACGCGGCAGCGAGACCAGACGACAGAAGACCUCCGAGAUCUGGACGAGUAUUUACAGCGCUGCGGGCGUAGCUCAGGAAACGCAGAGCCUCUCGUCCAGAUCCAGAGGCAGAGGAGGCAACGACCAGAGGAGUUUAAAGAGUCAAAGGUCAGCAACUGAAAGCCUGCAGCUUCUGGACCUGGAUGACAGUUUGGAGGACGGAGCCUCGGACCCCAUCGUAACCAGAGGGGCUUACCUGUCCCUCAUCUUCCUGCGUCACCUCAAACUCAGGGAGCUGCAGCGCGUCUCUCUGGGGAUGCUGAACUACCUGCGCUCCGUGGAGAGGACGCUGACCUUCGACCUGGCGGGUCUGCAGCUGGAGGAGGGGGAGCUGCGCAGCACUGCGGAGGAGACGGGCUGGAUGAACGCAGCCCGGGGGGGAGAUGGGGAGGCAGGGGGUCUCGGCUCGCGCCAGUUCGACCACAACACUCCGGUCGACUACAAGGUUCACUGCUCAGAGUUUAUGGAGUUUGCCGAGGUGGAGAAUCUUCAGGACUUCUACAGCGCCGAGGAGCGUUUCGUCCACACUCAGGACCAGAGGGGGUUCUACAUUGUGUACGACGCUGCGCUGCGAGACCUGGACGAGCUGGAGAACGAGCUUCUUCUGAUCGGCUCACACUUUAUCUGGAGGAACGGGACGGAGAAGAUGGGACAAGCCGAGGCCUCCGCCUCGACGGCUGACCUCCGGUCCUGGGCCCAGACGGACGUGGACCGAGUUGCGGUGCUUCUCGACUUGUGGACAUGUGAGACGGAGUUUUUGGAGAGCAAAGUACAGCUCUUAAACUGUUACUGUGAAGCCUACCAGCACACGGCGGGGACUGAGGAGAGGUCUGCACUCGCCCGGGUUAUCACUGACAUCAUGCACCACAGACCACAGCUGGACCUGAACCAGGAUUACUUUGCUCAGGCCUACAGGGCGGAGAUCGACUGCCUGCGAAGUCACCAGCAGCUGAUCAAAGACAUUCUGGAUAAUCAGAUCGAAAAACAGCGGCAGUACCUCCGUCGUAUCUGGAGGAUCGAUCGCAAAGCCUCCAGCCAUGACUUUGGCCUUCCACUGAACUACAUUCCCAAACACUUGGUCUCACUCGGAGGCAGCAGCCCGGCACAAAUGAACGUAUUCCUCCUGGAGGUUCACCCGUCCCUCUGCCUGGCCUCGGCAGUCUAUCAGGGUUUGGUCCAGGCCCACAGCGAGCUCUGCCAGCUGCACCGGGCCACGAGCGCCUCCGACAAACUCGCCCUGCAGCGGCAGCUCCUGCGGCGGGCCCUGCACAGCUGGAACCACCUGACCUCACCCGGGGCCUCGUACAGUCCUCAGAUACAGAAGGAUUUGUUCUCAGGUGUGUUUUUCGAGGACCCACUUUUGGUACAAAAGGUCGGGCGGGCGUCGGUGAAGUCUGCAGAGGAGAAGGACAUGCAGCAGGGGACAGAGACACAGUCGCACGCAGUGGCAACUUCCUCCAGGCUGCUGGAGCUCGUCACCGUCCGCCACCGACUGCUGGAGUCGGCCUCCGAGACUGCACAUCUGGCACAGUUGUACAGAAGCGUGGCCUCGGAGCUCGGCUUCAGCGAGGCCCACCUGUAUCUGAGGCCGGUGCAGUUUGAGGCCGCUGAGCAAGGAGAGCAAACGGAGCGGAGGCCUAUUUUGAUCACAGCGGUGCUGGAGGAUGACACGUCUGUGGACAGGUUCAUCCCCUCCCACCUGCCUCUGGGUAUCCAGGAGCUGGACGAGGACCAGAUCGGCAGGUUUAGCUUCAGCUCAGAGGAGGAAGUUACUCGCCUUAUGACCAAACAGAGCAUUGAGAACCUCCAGGUGACGCUGGCCUGUCAGGUCGCUCAGAAGAACGCCUUGAUAAGUGCCGUGCAAGUGGCGAGUCUUUGCCAUUGGGCAGGAAGUGUGACCUCAUCAGCUGAGAGCGAAGAAGCCCUUCAUCAUCAUGAUGAAGAUUUGAUAUCUUCAACAUGUUUUGACUCCAGACUUGGACGCAGCACUGACAACCCGCAGGAGAAGUCAAACUCUUCACCGCCCUCGGGCGUCACGAGGACUCCCAACGCCAAGCAGAGGUACAUGCUGACGGAAGCCUUCGUGUCCGUACAGCGGGAAAAAGUGGGCCUGCGUGACGAGAUGCUGCACUCGUUUACGAAGAAGAGACAGGCCGCGGGGGGCCUUGCACAAGCCCCGGGGGAGGCGGCGAAGAUCAAACGGAGCCUCAUAAUCGAAUUUCUCCAGAAAUUCAGCACACGGAUCUCUCAGUAUUGCGUGAGAGCGCAGAUUGUCGCGUACUACUCCAGUCUCAGCUCUCUUCUGGACGACACCCCCUCCAUCCGUCAGUCCCACUUCAUGACCGAACGAGCCGGCGAGCCCAGAGUUGUACCGGAUUCAGGAGCUGACCUUUGCCCUGACCCCAGCAGGCCGCAGCGGUUGUUGUCCGCGGACGGCCAAACCCUCCUCGACCUGUGGGUCGUCCCCCCCGUCUGCGGAGUGCUUCACAUGUUCGAAACGCUAGAGACGUCGGCCUGUGCCGCAGCUCUCCACCACACUCUGCACAUAGUAUCAGCCCUUCAUGACGUCACUUGCUACCUGGUGAGUUUCUCCAGACUUGGAAACACCGAAAUCUCCCGCAGCGGGAGGAGAGUGCAGCAGCAGCAGCAGCAGCAGCAGCAGCAGCAGGCGCCAGGCUCUGGUCUCGUGGCCGACUGGGGAGGAACGGAAGGCAUCGGAGCAGAGCUGCUGGAGAUCCAGCGGCAGGUCGACCGUCUGCCUGAUCCCAGCAGCCCCGAGUCCGUGGGUCGCCUGCUGCAGCUGCGCAGGCAGGUGCUCCUCCUGCGGUUCGACGCCGCCGUCAGACACCUCAUCAGGGAGGCGUUCCUCUCCGCUGGCGAUGUCGCCUCUUACCAGAGUGUGAGCGACAACAUGGCGGCGGCGCUGCCUCUGCUGAGCGACAGCGUUCAGUCGGACGUGUUCAGCCUCACGCUGCCUGUUCCUCCGCCUCUGGAGACUCGAGGCCGUCAGGCACAGAGGAUGUUCUCAUGGAGAAGUUUCCUAGCUUGUCAUGGACUGUUCCCUCUGCACGUUUGGAACAUCCCAUCCAUCGAAUACUGCAUGCAGCUGUGUCUGAGCGGGCUGAGCGACUGCAGCAGACUGCAGGCCAAUGCGGCGAUCCUCGGCGUGUCGCUGCUCGUGGAGGACGUCCUGAGCAGCGGAAGAGGCGCCGGGCCCGUCCGUCUCCACGGCAACAGAGAUGACCUUCUGCACGACGGAAAACCUAAUCAAGAGGAUGAAAGCUGCCUGGAAACCGAGGUGGAGGAGGAGAAGACGUGUGUGCCAAACUCCACUCCUCCUCCUCCUCCUCCUCUUCAGGAUCCGGUUCGAGUGCAGUCGGUGUUGAAAGGUUUCCUCCUGCUGACGAAGCAGCUGCAGGUCUUCAAGGAGAGCUGGGCUCGGAGACGGCUGGGCGUCGACGUAUUCAGUACGCCCGGCUCGUACCGGCAGUUCGUGAACCUCUACAGAGCUGAAAUCUUUUACCCCAGUAUGAAAGCUCUGGCUCAACAAAUGGGUAAAGCGCGCGACUACGAGCUCCUCAUUUCUGGCGGCCAGUCUUUCCUGCCCCCUCCUGGAGCUCCAGAGAUUGAUGUGAAAGCCUGGCAGCUCAGCAGGCUGCUGGAGAGCGCCGAGUGUGACAUGAUCCGGGCGGCGCAGAGGAAGGUCAACAGAGAGCUGACCCUGGUGGUCUCGGAGCGAACUCAACAGAAUGCGUGCCUCCCGACAGAGCUGUGGAAAAAGAGCCCGCUGAGGUGCAGUCUGUCUCCUGAGCGGCCGCAGAUUGUGGAGACGUUCGCCGCGCAGCUGAUGGACGGAGCUGAGCAGGUGGAGGGACAGCUGAGGAUCUCUCAGGAUCACCUCCGGCAGUGUUGCACUCACCUCGGCUCUUCCCUGAUGGAGCGGGAGCGUCGCGGCUUCCUGCUUUACUCGCACUUUUAUGAGCAAAUCCUGCAGCAGGAGACGCAGCUUCUGUACCAGAAAGAACAAGAUUUAAAGAAUCUCAGUGAGUCUCAGACGAACAACCCUCACAAAGAGGUGUCAGGUCUGUGUCGCGGGAUGGCGUUGGAGAUCUCGGCCCUGCAGGCUCGAGUCGCUCACCUCGAAGAAGAGAGACGUUCUUCAGAGGAACAACUCGGCCUCCGAUUUAAAGAGCGCUACGACCCUCUGGUCCGGCAUCUCUUCUCCACCUGCAUCCAGCUAAAGGCCAGGCUCGACGAGCAUCGGCGGCAGACGCAGCAGGAUGUGAGCGAGAUGGUGAACAGAACGAGGCGGGAGGGAGUGGACAGAAUCAUGAAGCUCAAGGAGAAGUACGGCUGCACCACAGACGACGAUGGACUCGCUCUCACACAGUCAAAGAAGGAAGAAGUCCACGAGUUGAGCCUGGAGAACAGCCGGCUGACGGCUCUGCUCGGCAAACUGAAGGCUCUGCGUCGAUGGAGGCAGGUGGUCGACGAGGAGACACUUCACCGACGGCUGCUUCAGACUCAGCAGCGGGAGAUCACCAGUCGCACCGAGGCCCUCAGGGUGAAGAUGGCGGCGGAGGAGGAGGCGGUUUCCCUGCAGGAGGAGCUGGACGUCGCCCGGCAGAUGUUGAGCCGCUGCCAGGCCGAGUGCAGCCGCACCAAGAAGCUGCUCAGCACGAGGACGGAGGAGCUCCAGGUGGCCAGGCAUCGGUCUGCGCAGGAGGCCCGCACCAGACAGGAGCUGGAGACCGACCGAGCGCAGAGCCUGGAGAAGAUGAGAGCCGACGUGGACGACAGAGACCGGCAGCUCCGGGCGCUCAGCGAGCAGCUGGACCGAGGGGGCAGGAUGAGCCAGUUACAGAGACAACGCAGCGCCAAAGAGAUCCGACAGGUGAAAGGUCAGCUACAUCAGGAGCGCUGCCUGAAACAAGAAGCCUUUCAGCAAGUGGAGACGCUGAAGAACCAGGUGAACGACAAGGAGGCAGCUCUCCCCGGGUGCACCUCUGCAGCAGGUCAAAGCCGGACUUGUUUCACGCUGUCAGUCAGCAGGUUGAGCACUAGAAGCCCCUCAGCAGGUCUGCACAGGGUCAGUCGGCAGCUCGGCAGCCUCACAAACUCCGCCGCACUUCAGGACCUCGCCGCAGAGCGAAGACACCGGCGAGCAGAAACGGCCAAGUGGAGUCGAUCGAACGCAAGAGCGGGCGGAGCGGAUCCUUCUCGCCUGCGUGUCCUGACCGCAGAGACGUUGCUACCUGAGCUGUGAGAUGCAGUAAAUGUUGGAAAUAAGCCUCAUCAUCCAAGACACAAGAGUUGCUUUUCAAACCGCAUCUUUUAUUUUAUUAUUUUUAAAAUGUCAACGUUUGCAUAAUAGAGCGGGACCAAAAUGUGCUUAUUGCUAUGUGAUUAUUGAUAAAUAACAAGACACUUCAUGUAAAGAUAAUAAAUGUUAGCCGUGACAUCA